UUGUUGAGGUCCUCGACGCCAUUUUAUUGUCCCCCAGCCGCCACAGGAUGGCGGAGGGGUCGCCAAUGGCGGCAGUAAGUCCAGUCUCCCCUUCCCCUCCCGAGUCCGGCGACACAUCCUCUUCGACAUUCACGAGUGAAUUAUCCCUCGGAGAUGAGAUCACUCGGGAACUCCAGUACUGGAUACCCAUCCCGGUGUUCGAGAAGUUCCUCAUAGACUUGAUACCCAACCUGGAGGAAUUAGUUCGUAUUAUCUCCCCGGGGAAGACUUUAUGUGAACAUUUGAAGGGGAUUCUGGAGGAAAUCAAGUGUGAAGAGCUGAACGACAACCCUGAAAUGGUUUUAGUUCACCGUGUAAUCAACCACGAGUUCAUUUUACGUCUGCUGGAGAUAACCCCCAGGUUCACGUGGAAAAACAUGGGGAAAAUGGUCCAGACCAUCGUCGAGAGGAAAAACUACAUUGGAUGCAGAUUGUAGAGGAGUGUCUGGAGGUGUUGGGGACGAUCGCGGUAUGGAAUUAUUAUUGCAACACGGUGUCUGG